GUGCUUGAAUCUCCAAACAUAUUUCAUUCCGUGACGUCACAGAACAAGGCUUCAACAUGAAUUAUGGCCGCAAGACGCCUUCGACCUAUCGAUCGAAUCCCUCGAUGUAUUCCCAUGCGACGGGCAGAUCUUCUACAAAUUUGCACUCGAAAAUGUCGCGCUCCACGCGAAGCGUUCGCAUCCCUUGGUACCAGCGGCCGCUCCUGAAGAACAACCAAUACAUCGAUAUACAGAAGGGAGCCAUGCUGAUUGGCCUGUUCGCUGUGUUUCUUUCGCUCUUCACCAUUGCCACCACGAUCUUUGACAUUUACUGCUAUGCGAUGGCUGCCCCAGGAUCCACACAUUACGGUUACUAUAUUAUAUCGUACGAGUUUGUCUAUGUUGGAAACAAGCACGGUAUACGAUCCAUCGUUGAUCCAUCGUUGUGGAGUAAUUUAUUGAAACUUACGCGCACACACGUAGACGCAGAGACAGACACAGACACAGACGCAGACGCACGCACACAAUCAAAAACUCACACACAUAUAAAACUUCAUAAACUUGAUACAGCCAGAAUGGAACGUGAAUCAAAUCCAAUGCAGCCCAUGUGCCGCUCGGGAUGCGGUUUCUAUGGUAAUCCCGCUACAGAUGGUCUGUGUUCAGUUUGCUACAAGGACUCGCUUAGAAAAAAGCAACAGCCACCUGUGAGCAGCACACCUGUGUCAGUUCCAAGCCCACAGCCUAGCCCCACAUUCAGUCCGGUCAUCGCAACAACCCACACUGCACAGCCCACGGUACAGAGCUUACAGCAAUCACACAGUGAUAUCAAAGAGAAAAUCACCGAGGAAGCCGCAGUCGCCUCCAAGUCCAAUAGCGAAGCCAUAAUUGCGGCGUCUGGUCCAAAUACUUCCACACAAGCAGCUGCCUCCGCAUGUGAGCAGGAUGAUAAAGACAAGGAAGACGACAAGGACGCCAAGAAGAAAAAGAACCGAUGUGGUGAAUGCCGCAAGAAGGUUGGCCUAACUGGUUUCCAGUGUCGCUGUGGCGGCUUAUACUGUGCCGUGCAUCGCUAUUCCGAUAAACACAAUUGCACCUUUGACUACAGAGAGCAUGGCGCCCAGGAGAUUCGACGCAAUAAUCCGGUUGUAGUUGGCGAGAAAAUUCAAAAGAUUUGAAUUGCGAGGAGAGAUUGUGCCAGUAACAGUAGCCGUAGAAUAAUAACAACUACACAUUAUGAUAUAGUAUAUAUAUACACACGCUACGCACCAACAAAUCAAUAUAACAACAAAACAAAAAA